AUGUCUAAUGAAAUACGAGAAAUAUACGUUGGUCACAACGAGCUUGUAUCAUAUCUAAGGGACCAUCGAAACAAGUCAAAGUCAUUUCAUAGGUUCUUAUUUUUUUAUAGAGAAAGAAUCGUUGAAUCGUCACUUUUUUUCUCAGCAACUUCCUGGCAAGAAUAUGAUAAUGCUUGGCCUGCUCGUUUUCUGAAAGUAGCAAAAGAGAUAAAACAAAUCAAUUUUGGUACUUUGAAAGAUAAGGAUUACUGGAAAGAAGUCAUUCUGGAAUGUAAGACGAGGCGGGCUGUAAUAAAUUAUCAAUCUGAGAAGGAGCGCUACCUUCGAAUUAUUUCUGAUCUUGAUGAAAAGAUACAAAUGGAAAGGGCUAAUCUUGCUGAGCUCACCAGCAAAUGGUAUAAAAGAAAAGAUGUGGAUAAAGAGCCUGAUCUCAGAAUAAACCCUAACGAGGGAGAUUUUGAAGAUUUUGGAACAGAUUUUGAUCAUAGUGAAGGGAAUAAUAAUGAAUCUUCAGCCGGUUCAACCUCCUAUAGUUCUCGAAAAAGAAGAGAUAUGGAUGAAGAGCCUGAUUUUAGGAUAAACCCUAUUGAGGGGAAUUUUGAAGAUUUUGGAGAUGGUUUUGAUUUGGGUGGUAUUUAUAAUGAAAGAGAUAACGAUUCUUCAGCCAAUUCAAUUUCUCGACAAAGGAGUGUUAGGAGUGUAACACCUUCGCCUCCAACACAUAAUUAUAAUCUUCGUGUUGGAGAACCUAUCAAUUAUAAUGUUGGGUCUUCAUCAAAAAGGCGGCGUCAUAGGACUAACCCUUCUAUACGAAGGGUAACAUCUCCACGAAUAACUCCUUCACAAAGAUCUUCAACUCCACCAUCACCUCUACGAAUACCUCCUUUACCUUCAUCACCACUAUCAUCCCCAUUUAUAUCAGAUUUUUUUGGUGAAGAGCAACCCAAGAAAAGGAUUUGUUUAAGCUGUCCUAUUCACUGUUUUGAACAAGAAAGUGUUUAG